UGUCAAGAGGAGGUGCACGAGUUCCGUGCGAAAUGACGUGGCCUCGCUCCCCUCUCUUCCUCCUCCUCCUCCUCUCGUCCAUCUCCCUGCUCCUCGCCGGCACCUCGUCUGACCCGUCUCGUCCUCGCAACAGAGACUCAGGGAGCAGAGACAAAUCCCACGGAGACUCGGACGUCAGGUCGCUGAUGGGCGACUCGGAGAUGAGUUAUAAAGACGAGGAGAUCAGACCAGAUAUCAGAGACACAGACUCAGAAGCCACGGACAGACACUCAGAGAUCAGAGACUCGGAUAUCAGAGACGGAGACUCGGAUAUCAGAUCAGAGAUCAGGGAUAAAGACUCACGGAUCAGACACAGGGACUCGAGGAGCAGAGGCAUUGAUGAAGACAUCACCAGCAGCGGCCGGAUUCUCUUCCCGCAGGGAGCAAUUCCUCCACCGGGGAAGGGCCGCUCCAACAUCUCAUCAUCCCACGGCCACGUGGCACGACACCACCACCACCAACAACAACACGGGCUUCCAGGAGGACCUUCGGCCCACUUCCACGACCGAGACGCUGAGCGCCAGGUGCUGGCCUCCAGCCACGAGGCGCUGUUCGUGACGGAGCGGCGCUAUCUGCGGCGAGAUUGGUGCAAGUCGCAGCCGCUGCGGCAGACGGUGCGCGAGCGCGGCUGCGUGCCUCGCACGGUCAUAAACCGCUUCUGCUACGGGCAGUGCAACUCGUUCUACAUCCCGCGCAGCGCCUCGUUCCGCGCGUGCGCCGCGUGCCGCCCGCAGCGCUUCUCGUCGCUCACCGUGGAGCUCAGCUGCCCGGGCCUGGAGCCGCCCGUGCGCCGCGUGCGGCUCAGCAGAGUGAAGCACUGCCGCUGCGUGUCCGUGCGCGUGCACGACUGAGCGCGCGACCCCCCCCCCCCCCCCCCCACGUGUGUCCGUGCGCGUGCACGACUUAGCGCGCGACACCCACCCCAUCCACCACUCCCCCCCACGUGUGUCCGUGCGCGUGCACGACUUAGCGCGCGACACCCACCCCAUCCACCCCUCCCCCCCACGUGUGUCCGUGCGCGUGCACGACUUAGCGCGCGACACCCACCCCAUCCACCCCCCCACGUGUGUCCGUGCGCGUGCACGACUGAGCGCGCGAUACCCCACCCCCGUGUGUCCGUGCACGUGACAACUCCCCCAAUUCCGCCCCCACCCCCCCCCCCGCGAGCACACGCGUGCGCAACUCGAGAACAACUCCCCAACUCAACGCCACCACUGUGCGCCUCACGGUAGACAUCAGACGGUGAGGAUGGGGAGCUGAACUUGUUGGUGGUGGUUGGUGGUGGUGGUCGUCGUGAAGUUGGCACCCUGAGAUCGACGUUGGACAUCAGAAGGUGGGCAAUCAGUAAGAUGUGGAGCUUGGCUUGGUGGUGGUGGAGGUGGUGAUGGGCCUGCAAGAUCGAACCGUGGAGGUCAGGCGUUCACGUUGGAACCGCUGCGGAGGAGCAGGCAGAAGGAAGGAAGCGAGGUCGCUGCGUGGCGACAUCAAUGGCGUUGGCCGCUGUGGUGCCACAAUAUGAACGACCAUUAACUCAUAGUCCCUGUGGGGCCGAUAAAUUACGGGAGCGUCACUUUGCGGGAAGUCAACAUGAGUGGUAUACUAUGCGCAGACCGACCCCCGGCACAGGAACGUGGAAUUCCCACCACUGACUCAAGACGGCCAAUCGAGCUGAGCGCCGCCCGCAUUGCUCGUACGAUCAGAGACACUCUUCAACCCACCCUUGACUUUCAGUGACGGAAACACCCAACGACAUCGACACCGUCUCCCUCCUACACCGGACUCGAACCCGGGUCGCUUGAUAAAAAAAUCGGUUGACCGGAGCAGUCGCUCUGGCCGCGAUGGAACUCGGAUCAGUCUUGGUUCCAUAAUGGCCAACAGCGGGUUCGCAAUGGCCGACUUUGGGGGGGGGGGGGGGGGGGGGGGGGGGACAAGAGCGUAGGGGGCUCGGUGCUGCACGUGGUGCGCGUGCUUCUGGCCACUGCAAAGGUAAAGGCGCGGCCCUGCAAUGACGUGCUUAUAACGCACGCUGCGUCAGGUGGGCCAGAUACUAGCAUGAUCGUGAUGGGGGCAACUGGGCCCCUCCCCCAGGAUUUGAAUGAUUUCCCAUAUCCAUUUCUCCCCACCCCCACCACCGCUGUGGCCCGGCUUCUGGGCCACUCCGGCUUCUGGGCCACUCCGGCCUCUGGGCCUCGGUGCAGUUGCACUGCCUGCACACUCAAUAACUACGGCCAUUGGGUCUCCAGGAUAUAUCCUGUGGGUCUCCAUGUGAGUCUAUGCAUCUCAAUGCCAGUCUAUGGGUCUUCAAGUGAGCCUGUGGGUCUCUACGUGAGUUUAUGGGUCUCCAUGUGAGUCUGUGGGUCUCGAUGCGAUUCUAUGGGUCUAAGUGGCAUAGCGUGGUUGGCAUUGAACCCAGGUGCAGUUACACCGCAGUUGCACCGCCUGCACACUCGACAGCUACACCACCGGCCAAGCUAUAGACGUGCCUGUUAAGUUAAUACCCUUAAUGGGGGCCCCAAUGUUUAACUUCCCCCCCCCCUCCAAUCCAAAUCUUAUAAGUCGUCCCCUUGCACGUGCGUAACACGUAUGUGAGCUCCGAUCAUAGUUUUAUUUUUCUUAUGUUUAAACAUAAAUUGUAUAACAAAGUGCGUUAUAUAUGUGUGUGUGCUAUAGGAUAUAAAGUUGAUCGAU